CAGAAGAAACGGAAACAAGCUAAAUCAAAAAAAGAAAGAUUGAAGAAGCAAGACAAACUGAAGAAGCCAAAAAAUAGUUGUUGGCAGAAGAAGAGAACCCAGAUCAGUUAUGGUUACUGGUUGAAUGGCCUUCGAUUGUCAAGAAGGCUAAACGAUGAAAGGGUGAUGCUUUUUAGAAGUAAAUUGCUUCUUGUCCUUUCUGGAGAGUCGCCUUCCGUCGCAUGUACUCCGAAAUGCAGUCUCUGUGGUGAACUAGAAUUCAAAUCUCAUCUUAAUUAUGUCUCUUGUGAAAUUUGUGGAGAUUGGUUUCAUGGAGAUGCUUUUGAUCUCAAUGCUGUUAAAGUUGAAAAGCUCAUCGGGUUUAAGUGCCAUAAGUGUCUCAAUAGGAGCUCUCCAGUUUGCCCCCAUGUUUGUGCUACUGAAAGCAGCAAACCUGCCCUUUUCCCAGAAAUUAAUGCAGGGCCUGACUGCACCGGGAAAGAGUCUACUGGUCUAUCCCCCUUGGACGAAACAUUUGCAGAUCAGAAACUUCAAUCAAAUGAAAAAUCUAAUGAUCUGUUUUUGAUUGAUGAUGAUCACGAGAAGCAAUCAUCAGUGUCAAUUCUACAUUCAAACCAGAUUCAGGCAAGUGAUGCAAAAGUAGGACUUUCAACUAUUACUUCAGAGGAGAAAACAGCAGUUGUUAACUUCGGCGAGGAAGGAAGGCCCACUGAUGAAUUGGUACCAACAGAAGACCUUGCUGGAAGCUGACCAUGGGAAGAAGCCAAGUUUGCAUCAUUGAUGCAUGACCAUUUGAAGAAUGGUUUGAUAAACAACAGUACCCUUCUGUAAUCUGUAGUCAGUAGAACUCUUUCCGACUUAUCCUAGUUGUCCCCAUAAACAAUUUUUGGUAUUCAGGUGAUGCCAUUUAUGAUGGGAGAGAAAAUAGAUUAGAUUUUGUAGUUUAUAUCUUUCUUUAUACAAGAUAUUGUGCUAUACAAUAGGUACUUGAACCUUUUCGUGAGUCUAGCUAAAAUUUAAAAGCUUCAUUCAAAUGAUUCACUUCAAUUUAGAGUGAGCAAAGAAUUAAUUUGUUGCUCCUAUUCUUCUUCAAAUAUACUCGUGCUUAUUUUGAUGA